UACGCCUGCUACGUUAGGUUGUACAAAAACAUACAGUUUGCACAUUAUAGGCUGCAACGCUGUAGCCAUCUAGCCUACGUGUUAUGUUAUCAGUUUCUCAUAUUGUUUUUAUCAUUGUUCAGUUCAGAUACAAGCCUAUACUUGCCAAAUUGCCUAUCAAUAAUUAUGCGUGUAGCCUAAAUUGUCUAUUUCUGUCCAAAUUUCAAAGACACAUUUAAUUUUAUAGAUAUAAUUACGCAGCUCUGCAUGUCGUUGUAACAGUCACUAUACAUUGCAUUAUUAAGCCAUCAUCUGCUGCAGCAUUGCAGUGAUUCGUUCCCACAUUUGGGGAAGGUCACGUUAUAGCGAACCGGGAGCUGCCUGCCUGCUGAAUUGUACUGCGCAAAACCCAUAGUCCGGAUUUGUGCCUGACGUCAUGGGUAGCCACCAUUAGAUUCGUUCUUUGACAGUUGGAGCACGGAGAGUCCAAGCAAAGACCGCCAUCAGCAUCCCCGCACGGCCUUACAAACGGGAGAGAACAAACAGAAAAGAUGUCGAGUGGACCGUUAUACGGUGCUACAUAGGGAGAGACCUCGUUUUCCUCCUCAAAGCGGCCCCCGAAAAGCGCUGCAGUGGAGAGGAGAAUGCGUCGCUAAGUGAAUGGAUACAUAGCUUUGCUGUUAAAGGGACGCAGUUGUUGCUUUUCUGCCUCUAAACAAACAGUGACAGUCCCACGGGGCUUUGGAUAAAGCAGCAAUAACAACAACUAAUCCCCAGAACGAGCACAACAACUAGGCUACGGCUGCUAACGGCAGGGAACCAAGGACAUAAACCAAGAAUAACAAUGGAAACGGCAGCAGGAACUGGUUUAAGUUAAAGACAAUAGAGAUUUUUGAGAAUAGCGAAUGUUUUCUUGGUAUGUACGUUAAUUUGAGCUUUUCUUUUCUGUGGAAAUGGGAGCUUUGACCAGCAGACAAAAUGCAGGAGUGGAAGAGGUCGAUAUACCGUCCAACUCGGUGUACCGCUAUCCACCGAAAUCUGGAAGCUACUUUGCCAACCACUUCAUCAUGGGCGGGGAGAAGUUUGACUCCACCCACCCCGAGGGAUACCUGUUCGGAGAGAACACCGACCUCAACUUCCUGGGAAUCAGACCAGUGGCGUUUCCCUAUGCGGCCCCGCCUCCUCAGGAGCCAGUAAAGACGCUACGAAGCCUUAUAAACAUCCGUAAAGAUACACUGAGGCUCGUACGGUGUAGUGAGGACCUGAAACUGCCAGGGGAGGACGUGGCAGGGAAAAGCAAAGCCUGUUACAACAUAGAGUUCACCUUCGACGCUGACACACAGGUGGCCAUCACAAUCUACUAUCAAGCUAUAGAGGAGUUCCACAACGGAGUGCCUAUCUACAUUCCCCAGGACAGCUCUCUCCAGUCAGAGACGGUGCACUUUAAGAGAGGAGUCUGUCAGCAGUUCUGUCUGCCCUCCCACUCCAUCAAUCUGUCGGAGUGGGCCGAUGAGGAGUUGCUGUUUGACAUGGAUAAGGAUGUGUUUCCCAUGGUCGUUCAAGCGACAGUAGACGAGGGGGAAGAUCACAUGGGUCACUCCCAUGUACUCCUGGCCACCUUUGAGAAGCACAUGGAUGGGAGCUACUGUGUCAAACCUCUGAAACAGAAACAAGUGGUGGAUGGGGUGAGUUACCUUCUUCAGGAGAUCUACGGCAUCGAGAACAAGUACAACAGCCAAGAAUCAAAGGUUGCGGAUGAUGAGAUCAGUGAUAACAGUGCGGAGUGUGUGGUGUGUCUGUCGGACGUCCGCGACACACUCAUCCUGCCCUGCAGACACCUGUGUCUCUGUAAUGCCUGCGCUGACACUCUCCGCUACCAGGCCAACUGCUGCCCCAUAUGCAGACUGCCGUUCCGGGCCCUGCUGCAGAUCCGAGCCAUGAGGAAGAAGCUGAGUCCUCUCUCUCCUGCCGGGUUUAACCCCGUUAUCACCUCCCAGACCUCUGACUCAGAGGAACACUCGGCGUCGGACMACAUCCCCCCAGGUUAUGAGGCCGUGUCUCUCCUGGAGGCUCUGAACGGGCCCCUGAGCGUGUCUCCCUCGGCCCCCCCUCUGCAGGACCUCUCUGGGGGCCACGUCUCAGGGACCCUGCCCCACUAUAGCAGUGAGACCCACCCCGCCCCGGCACGCUCCAUGUCCCCCCUGGACCACUCCAACUCCAGCCAGGGACUCAAACUGAAGAAGAGCGGCUCCAAGUCUCUCUCCCAGAAUUCUUCGGUGCUGCCCGAGGAGGAGGACGAGAAGUCAGAACGCAGUGAAUCAGAAGUUCAGGCCUGCCGCCGGAAACAACAACCGGAGAGUGGUGUAACUUCAGAGAGUGAGAACCUGACUCUAUCUUCGUCUGGRGCCAUCGACCAGUCCUCCUGUACUGGAACACCUUUCUCCUCCACCAUCACCUCCCCUGAAGACCAAGUGAGCAGUAGCCUGGCCCAGUCAGUCAUGUCCAUGGCUUCGUCCCACAGCCAUCACUCUCAGAUCAGCACUGACACCCUGUCUUCCAUGUCCGGUUCCUACCUGGCUGGGCCGGAGGGGGAGGUAGAGGGGGAGGAGGGGGGAGAAGCAGAGGGGGAGGAGAACCAGGAUGCACCCAUGGAGAGCCGGGGACCCUCACAGCAGGAUGGGGAAGUGAGACGGGGGAGAGAAGGGAGAACAGGGGUGGAGAGAGUGAGGGAACACCUAGAGGAGUGGCUUGUCGAAAUCUCUGACAUAGAGAAUAACCCCCCCCCUCUUUCUUUCUCCCUCUUUUGUUGUCUCUUUCUCAGGAGCUACCCAUGGAACCAAAAGAACAGAACUUCUCAGUCGCUGUGUCAGACGAGCAGGAUUCAGAGGGAAAUGAUGUCACAGAGGAAGACUGCCCCUCCCCUUCCCACGAGCAGGCUGUUUGGGGGGGCUGGACAAUGAGCAGGUUCCCGACUGCCGAUUCGCCGAUGCGGAUUCGUGCCCUGUGCACAUUGAGGAAUAGGUCUGAUGUAUCUGGGAGGCUAUAGGCCAGUGUUGGAGSCUCUCCCCCACCACACCUCAACCAGUAAUAUCAACCUGGAGGAGCAGGGGGCGGAGACUAGGGAUGGCCAGAGUCCCAA